GUUCAUACUCAAAACAGUACUCACUCUCUCUUCCUUUCUUCUUCGUGCAGUCACAGUGCAUAGCCUUCGAGUAAUAGAAACCGAAGUGCUUGCACCAACAGGAUGGGGUCCUCGUCCUCUUCCCAUCAUCAUCUUCUUCUGCCUUUCUUCUUCUUCUUCUUCCUCUUCACCUUCCCACUUGCUUCCCUGGCUGCCCUUCCCAAUCUCCGCCUGAUGAAUGCCUACAUUGCCCUCCAGGCAUGGAAGUCGGUCAUCUACUCCGAUCCGAAAAUGGUUACUAGCACCUGGGUUGGGGAGGACGUCUGCAACUACACCGGCGUCUUCUGCGCGCUGGCCCUCGACGACAACUGCACCAGAGUCGUGGCCGGCAUAGACCUGAACCACAAGGACAUCGGUGGCGAGUUGCCGGAAGAACUAGGCCUGCUCACCGAUCUAGCGCUGUUUCACAUAAACUCCAAUCGAUUCUGCGGCACCAUCCCCGAGUCCUUUGCUCACCUGACCUUGCUCUACGAGCUCGACGUGAGCAACAACCUACUUUCAGGCGAAUUCCCGGAGGUAGUCCUCUACCUCCCGUCGCUCAAGUUUCUCGACAUCCGUUACAAUGGCUUCGAGGGAAGUCUCCCCUCGAAGCUCUUCGACCUCAAACUGGACGCGCUGUUCGUGAACAAUAACAAGUUCCAGAUGAAGAUCCCGAAAAAUAUCGGGAACUCCGCCGUUUCCGUUCUGGUACUUGCCAACAACGGCAUAAAGGGUUGCUUGCCUAGGUCCAUAGGGAAGAUGACCUCGCUCAGGGAGAUCUUGCUGCUCAACAACUCUUUGAGUUCCUGUAUUCCCGAGGAGAUCGGCUACCUCAAGAACCUAACUGUUCUGGACGUCGGGUUCAACGAGCUCGUCGGAUCCUUGCCGGAAAGCUUAGGGGAGUUGAAGAACCUGGAGCAGCUGAACGUGGCCCACAACAAACUUUCCGGCGUCAUCCCCGCCAGCAUCUGCGAGCUCCCGAGGCUCAGGAAUUUCACCUACUCCUACAAUUACUUCUGCGACGCACCGCAGAAGUGCCUGAAUCUGCCGCGGAGCAAUGAUCGGCAGAACUGCAUCCACUAUCGGCCGUACCAACGGUCAGAGGAGGAGUGCGAGGCGUUCCUCAGCCACCCCGUCGAUUGUCAAGCCGUCAGCUGCGACCCACUGCGUCCGCCGCCGCCCCCACCCGUUCUGCCGCCUCACGAUUACACUCCGUGGCCGUGAAGUUCAAUGCCUGAAACGCCCUUGGUCUGAUGCCUAAUUAUUGGAUAACUGUGUGGUUUUUUUUUUUUUCCUUUUUCUCUGCUUUUAAUUGUGGGCGGAAAUUAAUAAGCAUGUAUCGGAAAAUAACUGCAUGUGUGGUGCACCUGAAGAAAUGCAUUGUUGGU